AUGGGGUACGGGGCGAUGCAGGGUAUCCCGAUGGUGGCGUCUUCUCCAGUUCGACAUGACUCGCCCAUCGGAGUCCAUCCCUUGGAGGUACAAGCGUACCAACCUCCUUGGAAAGCACUUUCCGACUUCGCCCUUCACGCGGAUCUCGAACAACCCCACCAGCCGGCCUUCCAACAGCUAGUCAACCAGAUGCAUGGAUAUGAUUUACCGCCGCCUUCGCUUGGUCCCUCGCCGGGCGGAGGCCCGCCCCAUCCGCUGAUGGGACCAGGCGGCGGGGGUCCCGGGGCACCCUCGUCGGACGCAAUGACCCACCCGGACAGUACCGACAGCUACGUGACGUAUCUGGAUAGCGACGAAAGUCUCCCCGCUAGCCCCUAA